GCCCUGACAUCCAAUCGUUGUCCAAUCGUCUUGCGAAGAUGUCGGCGGAGUGUUGUUUCGUGUGAAGUCGAGAAAAAAAAUAUCAAGUCUUUUGAAAAUCAUUACAAAAUUGAUCGCAUCAGUAGCGGAACCGUGUUCCCCCAAUCGGAUCGGGUGUCGCCGUGUGUCCUUGCGGGAAGUGGGCGGAUUCGUCGCGGCUUGGGAGCAGUGUUUUUGAGGCUGCACUUUUUCGAGUGAAGGAAUUUUGUGGCUUGGCUUGGGCGCCUGGUGUGAGAAUUUUUCUUCUGACAGCGCCCUCCCGGACGGGGUUUGGGUCACACUGUCUGCCGUGUGUGGCCACCACCUCACGCGGCGUAGAAUGGUCCCGUGCCAGACGGAAGCGGUCCGGAUUCCGGCCGAAUGAAGUAAGAGUGAAGACCCGCUAUGAGGUCGUCGAGAAACGGAACGAAAAUUUUGGAAGAAUCAGCCAAAAUGGUGCUGAUGCUGCCAAAAGUGACAAUCAUGGUUGUCUAGGGCUUAGUUUGACCUCCCACCGAGCAAAAUAAAGGUCUGGAUUCGGGAUAAAAUUAUAUAAUACAGCAAGAAAGGAUUGUCUUUGAAUCAUAGCGGAACUGGAGCCGUAAAGUUUCAAUAGCUGCAAGUAACCAAUUGACCGAACCUCGCCCCACAGCAAGGAAUAAUAAAUCCACCGUUGAAGCAGCGUAACCCGUAGCAGGUUCCGUGAAAAGUGGGCCGCGCCACCACUCGUCGCGGGCCACAGUUGGCCGAAUAAGGUCAAAACAAGAAAUUCAACUCGCGUUGGCCUGGUCUGGUUGGCGCUGGCUGGCUGGCUGGCGUUUUUUUCGCAGGUGGGCGAACACCGUGGAAGCGCAUUAAGCGCGAGUGAGUGCGUAUUUCGGGUUGGUUUUGUGACCGCGGAGAGGAAAAGAAGAAAUCGAGUCGCGGAGAUCGCAAAUUUAGCCAAUCGUGGAGUUGCCAGUCCAGGGGGGAAGAUAUUUGAAUCUGUGUCGUGUCCGUACAGCUGGUGUGAAUGUUUACAAAGUUGGUUCCAAGGAAAAAAAAAGGCUACAAAGUGAAGUGAAUAACCCCGAUAAUCAGCAAGAGAUAAGGAAAAAUAAAGUGUAUUAUUCCAAUCCUACGAUCUGCUGAAUUUAAUGUCUGCUCGUCGUGUGUUUGUUCCGUGGGAAUAGAAGCAGAAGGAGCAGCAGUGCCAGAGAGGUCGCGUACGCCGGGGCAAAACCCUGUGUGUUCGGGAUAGCAGACUCGCAGCCGUGUGCGGAUAGAAUUUCAAGAUUGCCACACGAUGCAGGGCCGCGCCUUCGGGAUGUCCGCCGCCGUGAACCGGGCCGGAGUGUACGACGGGAAGAUAGCUGGCCUAUACGACCUGGAGGAGACGCUCGGCUCGGGCCACUUUGCGGUGGUCAAGCUGGCCCGGCACGUCUUCACGGGCGAGAAGGUCGCCGUCAAGGUGAUCGAGAAGACCAAGCUGGACGAGAUUUCGCGCGCUCACCUGUUCCAGGAAGUGCGAUGUAUGAAGCUGGUGCAGCAUCCGCACGUGGUGCGGCUGUACGAGGUCAUCGAUACGCAGACGAAGCUAUACCUGAUACUGGAGUUGGGCGAUGGCGGAGAUCUGUACGAUUACAUUAUGCGGCACGACAAGGGCCUGUCGGAGCACGUCGCGCAGGAGUACUUUCGCCAGAUUGUGCGGGCCAUUUCGUACUGCCAUCAGCUGCAUGUAGUGCACAGAGACUUAAAACCAGAGAAUGUAGUAUUCUUCGAGAAGCUGGGAGUGGUAAAACUGACUGAUUUUGGGUUUAGUAACAAAUUUUGUCCGGGCCAAAAGCUGGAAACGUCCUGCGGAAGUCUGGCCUAUUCGGCGCCGGAAAUUCUGCUGGGCGAUUCGUACGACGCACCGGCAGUUGACGUUUGGUCGCUGGGAGUCAUUCUAUUCAUGCUGGUCUGCGGCCAUCCUCCCUUCCAGGAGGCCAACGACUCCGAGACGCUCACGAUGAUCAUGGACUGCAAGUACACGAUGCCGGAGCACGUUUCCGAGGGCUGUCGGAGACUAAUCAGCACCAUGCUGGUGCGGGAGCCGGAAAACCGCGCCACCCUGCAGCAGAUCGCCCAGGAUCCGUGGCUGCUCGAGGGCAGCAGCACCGAGGAGAUUCCCGAGUAUCUGCCGCUGGUCAGCCGGGAGCAGGUGAGCGAGGAAGACCACGCGCUCAUCCUGCAGAAGAUGGUCAACGGCAAAAUCGCUACCAAAGAGGACAUUUUAGAGGCUUUAGAUCGUAACGAGUAUAACCACAUCACGGCGACGUAUUUUCUGCUGGCGGAGCGAAAAUUGCGCGCCCACCGCCAGGAGGAAGCCCAGAAGCGGAAACCGGAGCUCACGUUGCCGGUGUCCAGUUCGGCGCGGUUACAAAACUUCCGCAAGGACUCCGAGGACGACCCGAAGGAGGACAGUUUGCUGCCACCAAAGCUGGGAAUGCUGCUGAGCGUACCGCGGACACCGGGCACCGAAACCGGACAGGGUCGCAACCGCAAGUGCAGCAUCGUGCAGGAGGAGGAGGACGACGAGGACGACGUGACUGGUGCGGGCCACGAGGAACUGUCCACGCCGUUGAACAGGCGCGGCUCCCGCUCGGAGGGCCGCAUCAACGUGACCGUGCAGGACCGGAUAGCGGAGUCGGAGCGGUUGAAGCAGGAAGCAUCGGCGGCGGCUGCGGCUGCGGCAGCUGCGGCCAAAGAGAAGGAACUGGAGCAGUUGAUGAAGCAGGAAACGAAGGAGAACUCCAUGCUCGGGGGGUUUGGGGCGAUCGGUAACGUGACGCUGAUUACGAGCGAAAACAGUUGUACCAAAGAUCGGCUCGGGAUCGCGGGUGGUGGGCUGCAGCGGAAGGUGCCGGAGAUCAAACGGGGUGGGUUGGACUUUGUGAAGAAGAGUUCCUCCAUUUUGAAGCCAAGUUUGGGCAAGUUGGGUGAUGGAAAUUUGCGGGGAGGGUCGUUUGACAAGUGUAUCGCCAGUAUUAAGGACGUGGAGUUGGUGAGCACCAAGAUUUUGACGGACAGUUCGACGAUCACGAUUCCACUUCCGAGUUUGAAUAUUGUGACCACUUCGACGAUUCCAAAGUACAAGACGAUGCCAUCGCCCACCAGGACGAACACCAUUCUAAGCGCCAACACCAACUGUUUGAACGAGAUAUUCGAGGAGGGGACGGAUGUGGGCAGUUCGGACAGCACGAGUACGACUCCGCGACCGGUGGUUAGGAAUCAGUUCAACGUGAGGCAACAAGCCCCGGGUGGGCCGGCUGCCGGCAACAACGUCCAUCGGCGAACAAAGUUCAACAAGUCGCGGACGGCGUCGUGCAGCAGUUCGGACGCGUCGGAUGACGACUCGGAGAACCGCAAGAAGCGGGCGCACAAAAUUGUCGAUUCCACCGUGAAGCCACAAACUCAGCGGCGGGACUCGCACGACGAUUCGAGCGAUUCGCAGGACCCGGGCAAUGCGGCGGCCCCGUCCGGAACGCAAACCGGAGCCUGUGUGCGGGCCAUCAUGACCGGCACUUCCACCAACGGCAACAGCAGUCAGUCGCCGUCGGACAAAAACUCCGGCAGCGGAGGCGGAAGCGGCGGCGGAACCCACAGGAAGUCUUCCCAGCAGGUCGAUUUUCGGCGCCACCGGGGUCGCAGGAGGCCCGUCGAAACGCGACUUCGCGAGAGCCAAUCCCUGAAUCGGAUCACCGAGGUGCAAGAGUCGGAGAUCUCCCAUUCGGCUGCGAUUGCAGCUGCUGCGGCCGCGGCCGCCGGUGCCAUAGCUUGCUCCAACAAUGUGCCAAACGCGGACGAUUGUCCGUUUGAAGACGGAAGCGAUCGCACGACGAGGCAGAACGACAGCACACCGGACGAGGAGGAAGCUGGCGUUGCUUGUGGCGGUGACAGCAAACAGGUUGCGGAUUGCACAAACGUGGCGACGACGACGUCCGGCAGCACGAGUGGAAGUAAACCGAAAGGGUUCAGCGCGCGGAUAUUCCACACCUUCAAGAAGCAGCAUCCGUCGUCGAACAGUUCAACGCCCAGCAGUGUGGACGGCGGGGAGCGAACGCUCGAGGUUGAGAAUGGUGGUGCUGCCACGGGGAAUGAUAUAGAGAUCAUGGUCGAGCUGAAGAAGGCGUACGCGGCCUCCGAGAGCAACAACAGCAAAAGCACGAAAAAGAUUAAAAUUCUUGGACGAUACUUUCAGGUCCACAAGAAAUUUUACGUUCCGCUGUCGGGGCUGUUCCAGCGGGGUCGGCUCUACAAAGCGCAGUCCUGCGGUUCGAUCGUACGGGACAAAGUCAACGUGAAUCCCAACGGCGGUUCCGGAGCGGGUGGCACCACCCGCGGCGGCACCAACGCCCGCCACUCGACCAUCUUCAACGAGAAGAACCGCUUCAUCAAAAACUGUCUGAGCGGGUCGCGGCUUCUGGGCAGCGACGGCGACAUCAACCACAACGGGAACAGUUUCAUCACGCUGCCACCGGGAGCUGCGACGGCGGCCAUGACCAACGGCAGUGUUUCUCCUGUGGACCAUCAACAGCAACACCAACACCACCAUCACCUGCCGGCGGGCGCCAGUCCGUGUGGGCUGCUGGCCGCCGGAACCGGUGCCGCCGCGUCUGUGCCAAUCAAAACUGCGUAGUAGGGAAUGCGACGGAAUGGGACGUUGCCGCCGCGCCCGCAGCCCGCUUACCUCUAGAUUUGUGUUUUUUUUUGUCCUUUAGAUUUAAAUCUAGACUGAAUGUUCCUUACGUAAGUGUAUGUAUGUAUGUAUUAGUUUACGGUCCCGACGAGUCGCGCGCGCGCGCACACUCUCGCAGAGACAUUUCCAGCCUCCGGGGACGAUUGGAUCCGUCCACAACACAAAAAGGCAGUUUGGUACUGCACCAAUCGGGGGGAAUCAGCUCGGCGCGCUCGGAACGGCAAGGGGCAAUCUACGUGCAAUAACUAGAUGAGCUUAGGUUUUACGUUGGUUUGAUUUUACAGUUUCACGUAUUUUCUCUCGAAUAGCAAGCAACUGUUGAUUGAGACGACAACAAAAUACAAGUAUUCGUUUUCUUUCACAAAGAUGUGUGUAGGAGGAUUAAGCAAAGACACGUGUAUAUUUAAAUUUCUACCACUAAUGACACCGUUUUUUGAAAAGAGAGAGUUAGACAUUUAAACAAAAGUAACACUCACUCACACACCACACAACAGUGAAGCAAAUCAUUUGACCGCAAACCGAUAAAAAAAAACAAUAUAAUACUUUGUAUGUGCUGUGCACAGGUUUUUGAAUUGCGACUGCGAGAGGAGGUGGCCGUUUUCGAAACGUAACCCAUUUGAUGUUUUGUUUUUAAAGAGAAAGAACACGUUGCCAAGAUUAGCUCAUUUUUAAGCCUUUUUGUAUUGUUUGUUUGUUUUCCUCUAUUCGCACGCAAUCUCAUAAGUGUGAGUGUUGUAAAUUCUAGGUGGAAAAAAAAAACAAAGCAAAACAAGGCGUGUGUGUGUGCGGGGUGUGAAGAUUGACUAAAGUGAAGUUUGCUGACAAACAAGAAAAAUAGUUACUAUCAAUCAUGGGAGCAUAAAAUAGAAAGCUUUUAUUCAAACGACUAAAAGCACGCAUCAAAAGUUUAAAUUUCAGUUUUGGUGGAGACGCAUGAUGUAUUGUUACGCUAAUGUCAUGCGUCUCCAUCGGGAUUUCGCAUAUCAAAUAUGGUUGAGCGUUUCCAGUUGGUGAACGGUUUUUAAUAAAAAAGUAGAUCCAAAUUUUCGUUAUGCGUUUUGUAAAUUAUUAUAAUUUUUCUUUAAUAUAGCAAAAAAUACCCAAAACACAUUUUUCAGGCUUUUUUGUAUGUAUUCUGUUUUAUUUCAAAAUAAGCCAGCACAACAUUUAAUAGUAAUUUUAUCAUCAUAAAAUUUGUUUCGUUUAUUUUCAGACUUCAAAAACUGCUUUCCCUUUUUUAUGUUGAAAGUGUUUUUUUAACGAAAUUUUUGAAUUUUCUUAUCCAGCAAUUUAAAAAAAUUUAAAUUCAACUUGGAAAUCACUCAACUUAUUUUCAAUUUCGUUUAGAUGUGAGCAAUUCUCGAAGAAUUAUAUCUGAAGCAACAUUUGAAAGGGGCGCUACGAAAUUGCUCUUACGGUCUUUCGUCCCAUUUAAACGCCUUCGAUGAAAGGCCGUAAGAGCCAUGUUGCUCCGGAAUAUUUUUUUUUUCUUCUAAAACCAAACAAGUUAUUUUCAUCCUGUAUACGGCCCCUACAACUUUUCUGAAGGCGCUUUUUUUCAUCCUGCUAACAUUCAAAAUUGUUGAUUUUUUUUAAAUUAAAAAUCUAAAAGUACUUGUGGAAUAUUUGAUAAAAGCACGGACGAACGGACAUGACACGGGGCUUCCAAAAGUGAAGCCGGUUUUCUUUUACUUCUUCUUGGCGCAAACCUGCGCAAGCGAGAUCGCUUGUGUCAAAAUCAACGCGCCACGUGGUUUCAAACGUAAACAAAGCCAGCUGAUGUUGCAAAUUCAUGGGCACUUUUUGAAAUGGUCGUAUGAAAUUUACAUUAAAAAUACAAUUUUUAUUAAUUUUUCGGAAAUUCUAGUAAAAAAGAUGAAUUACCUAGAGUCUUAAAGACAAACUUAAUGCCAAUAAACUGUUUCUAGUACCA